AUGAAGAAGGUCAAGAAGAAAAAGUCUGAGACCAGGCGCCGCCGGGGCUCCAUCUCACCACAGACGAGCUCCGACUCCUCGCAGCAGCCCAGCUCUGAAACACCUCCACCGUGUCCCGAGCCCAGCCCACCGCAGCCUUGCUCGGAGCCCACCCCGCCACAGCAACAGCCGCAGCCGCAGCCGCAGCUGCCACCACCCAAGCAGGAGCCUGCCUCUGUCCCCAUCCCACAACAGCCUGAACCCCAGACUGCUCUAGCUACCGAAACCCACCUCUCUUCUGGGUGCCUAGUGCCUUCAAAAGCUGAAACAAAAGAAGUCGUUCCGUCCAGGAAAUCAGGGCCUCUGAUCUAUGCCAGCCCAAGCCCCUGCUCCUGUGCCACCUGCCCUGGCAGCUGUGCUUGCUGGCGACGUCUGGGGCUGUGCCACAGCCGCAUCUUCGAUGUCCUCCUGCCUCGGGCCUGCCCAGCCAUGCCAGGGAGAGGAUUCCCAAACCUUCUCACCUUCUACAGGAGACCUUCAAGAAAACACUUCCCUCCCCGUAACACACGCACUGCAAGCCCUCGGGACUGUUGCUGUGGCUCUGGGGGCCCUAGGAGCUGCCUACUUUAUCGCUGAAUCCUUGUGAACAAGGUCCUAGGCCCAAGGUCCCUCAGAUCACACCUUAUGUGCUUUCUUUCUCCAAACCCUAUCUCCUCCUGUGAGCAAAGGUGAUCUAGGGGUCAGACCAAAGGUAACAUCCACAAAUGGCAUCACACAGAUCUAUAGUCUACUCCACCAUUUUAUAAACCAUACUACAAUGAAGAUCCUUGCCCAGAAUGCAUCAGACAUCUCUAUAGCUGUGCUGAAAUUCACCGCAGUUCUCCUGAUGACUUCUAGAAGGAAGGAAGCUCUUUGAGCAUAGAUGGGC